AGCAGAGAUUUGCGCAUGCCCGAGGGGUUUGCCUGAACGACCGGCAGCUGAAGCGACGCGCAUGCUCAGUGGCUUUGCUGCGGUCUCCGGGCGCCAUGGGCAAAAAGGACAGGGGUGAGCGAGACAAGAAGAAGUCGAAGAAGCGUCGUAACGAUGAGGAGGAGGAGGAGGACGAAGAGCUGACUAUGGGAGCAGACUCUGAGGAAGCAGUUCCCUCCGCUGCUGGCAAGCAAGUGGAACAGGCUGUGGUUAAGGAGGAUGAGUAUGGAGCCAAGGACUACAGGAUCCAGAUGACACUGAAGGACGAUCACUGCUCUAGGCCCCUCUGGGUGGCUCCUGAUGGACACAUUUUCCUUGAAGCCUUCUCUCCGAUAUAUAAGUACGCACAGGACUUCCUGGUGGCCAUUGCUGAACCUGUUUGCAGACCUACGCAUACUCACGAGUACAAGCUGACUGCCUACUCCCUGUACGCGGCUGUAAGUGUAGGGCUACAGACGAACGACAUCAUUGAAUAUCUGCAGAAAUUGAGCAAGACGUCCAUUCCCGAUGGCAUCUUGCAGUUCAUUAAGCUCUGCACUGUUAGUUAUGGGAAGUUGAAGUUGGUCCUUAAGCAUAACAGGUACUUUGUGGAGAGCACGCAUCCUGAUGUGAUUCAGAAGCUGCUGCAAGACAAGGUCAUAAAGCAGUGCCGUCUGCGGACAGAUGAAGGGGAUGACACCGAGCUCAUCAUGGGCACCAUCUCCAGUAAAUCUGCCAUGUUGAUGCCCAAACCCUCACAGAGUAAUGGAGCGGCAUCAACAUCGAGGGGUGGGGAGCCUGCACCCCUUAAGGCCGAUGUCCCCACAGACCUGUUUGAUUUCUACGAGCAGAUGGACAAGGAGGAGGAAGAGGAAGAGGAGCUUCAUACUGUCUCCUUCGAAGUCAAGCAGGAAAUGAUCGAGGAGCUGCAGAAACGUUGCAUUCAGAUGGAGUACCCUUUGCUGGCGGAAUACGAUUUCAGGAAUGAUACGGUCAACCCUGAUGUUAACAUUGACCUGAAACCCACGGCUGUGCUGCGGCCCUACCAGGAAAAGAGCCUCCGGAAGAUGUUUGGGAAUGGCCGGGCCAGGUCGGGCGUUAUUGUCCUUCCCUGUGGUGCCGGCAAGUCCUUGGUGGGUGUAACAGCCGCCUGCACUGUGCGGAAGCGAUGCCUAGUUUUGUGUACCUCGGCCGUGUCUGUUGAGCAGUGGAAGUCGCAGUUCAAGAUGUGGUCAACCAUCGACGACAGCCAGAUCUGCCGAUUCACUUCGGACGCCAAGGAUAAACCAAUAGGCUGCUCCAUUGCCAUUAGCACCUACUCAAUGCUGGGUCACACGACCAAACGUUCCUGGGAGGCCGAGAGGGUGAUGGAGUGGCUAAAGAGCCAGGAAUGGGGGCUGAUGCUACUGGAUGAGGUGCACACCAUUCCCGCGAAGAUGUUCCGCCGUGUCCUCACCAUUGUCCAGGCACAUUGUAAGCUGGGACUGACGGCCACCCUGGUCCGGGAAGAUGACAAGAUUGUGGAUCUCAACUUCCUCAUUGGGCCCAAGCUAUUUGAGGCGAAUUGGAUGGAGCUUCAGAAUAGUGGGUACAUUGCCAAGGUGCAGUGUGCCGAGGUCUGGUGCCCAAUGUCUCCAGAAUUUUACCGAGAGUAUGUUGCCAUCAAGACGAAAAAGCGGAUGCUGCUGUAUGUGAUGAAUCCCAACAAGUUCAGGGCUUGUCAGUUCCUGAUUCGCUUCCACGAGCGGAGGAAUGAUAAGAUCAUCGUGUUUGCUGACAACGUAUUUGCACUGAAGGAGUACGCGAUCAGGCUCAACAGGCCGUACAUUUAUGGUCCCACUUCCCAAGGAGAAAGAAUGCAGAUUCUCCAAAACUUCACUCACAACCCUAAGAUCAACACCAUUUUCAUCUCCAAGGUAGGUGACACCUCGUUCGAUCUCCCCGAGGCCAACGUCUUGAUCCAGAUCUCCUCGCAUGGCGGAUCCCGAAGGCAGGAAGCCCAGCGGCUGGGCAGGGUGCUGCGGGCAAAGAAAGGGAUGGUGGCUGAGGAAUAUAAUGCCUUCUUCUACUCACUGGUGUCCCAGGAUACCCAGGAGAUGGCUUACUCUGCUAAAAGGCAAAGGUUCCUGGUGGACCAGGGUUACAGCUUUAAGGUGAUCACGAAGCUGGCCGGAAUGGACGAAGAAGAUCUGUCCUUUGGUACCAAGGAGGAGCAGCAACAACUACUGCAGAAGGUCCUUGCUGCCUCUGACCUAGAUGCAGAGGAAGAGGUGGUGCUUGGGGAGUUCGGCUCCAAGGGGCAGGUGCUGCGGCGUGCUGGCACUAUGAGCUCCAUGUCAGGAGCGGACGACACCGUUUACCUGGAAUACCAGCGCAGCAAGAACCUGGGAAAGAACAUCCACCCUCUCUUCAAACGCUUCAGGAAGUGAGCACUGUGGGCGCACACAGCUGCUCGGGACUGGUUUUCACAUUGAAAACACAUGCACAAUGUUUGGGAUAUUUAUUAUCUUUGCUCUCAGUUGGAGAGAUGUUGGAAUAAAUAAUUAUUUUCUAUUAAA